AUGGCAUGGCAAGAUCGUGAUAAACCACAAGUCCGGUGGGCUGUCGUUGACGACGUCGAGAUGACGUUCAAUGGCGAUUGGGAGUCUACGAGCUUUUCAGCAGAGCCGUACAGUCCGAAUGGACCUCCAUACGGCGGGAGUCAGCAUGUAACGACCACCAGUGGCUCCGUGACAUACAUUGUUCGAGGGACCGACGUGACAGUAUUUGGGACGAACCUGCGCGCUAAUGCUACGUCAGGUGGUACUAGCUUUAGCCGUGGGUGCAUGGCCGACGGAGUUCUCUACCCUCAAGAGUCGUUAUUGACAGACCGAUCGAUGAACCGGGUCCCUAUCUGUCGCUUUCCGAAACUCAACGGAACCACUCACAACAUCACUGUAGAGGCCAACGCAUCGAGGGAACGCCCCAUUUUCAUCGACUAUCUGAUGUACAAGCCGUUACCAGUGGACGCGGCGACUCUGCAUCCCACUGUUCUCGUGGAGCACACCCAGCAUGGAAUCGUUUAUGACGCUGGAAAGUGGUUCUUGGACUACCAGAGGGACUUCUCACAGACAAGCGAGAAAGGAGCAAAAGUCGUCAUUAACUUUAACGAACCUAUAUAUGGGUCAUGGGCUCUUAAUGGAGGUCCCUCGCAACGUUUCGAAGUUCCAAGAAUCGACCCCCGGGCAAACGCAUCGGUCGUUUAUGCGCCUGCCGCUCCCAUGUUCAUGACACCAAGGCUUGCAAACCGUGGCCCUCACAAGCUCGUCGUGCGCCAUGAGUCUCCCCGUAGCUCCUUCACGUUCGACUACCUGGUAGUCGAAGAAGGAGAUAUUCUUUGCCCGCCAGGAGACUCAUACCUCGCUUCUCAGGACGCCAGAAAGCCGGUGGCAGCGAUUAAGAAAGAACCGUCUCCGGGGACCCAAGUCGAAUAUGACGACAGCCGCAAUCUCACCGCUACCAACGUCGACAACGACCUCCAGUCGCAAAGCAGCAAACCUGCCAACCGAGACGAAACAAGAGCCCGAACCAGUCGGGAUCCAACAUUCGAGCCACAGGGACUCAGGCCUUCCAGGUAUUGGAAAUGUAUCGUCACAGGCUAG